UAUGAGGCAUGCUUUCUGUGAUUAGUUUUACCCAGGUUUACCGGAAGUAUCUGAUCGGACGAUAUUUAAUCAUUUGUUUUGAAUAUUCGGGCAUCCAUGGCCCAGUACUUAUAUGACACAUUUUGGGAUGAGAGAUUCUGGUUCCCAAGCAAUCGAACACAUUCCUGGAAGUCGCUAGAGAAUGUGCCAGGCAGCAAUGUGUAUUACCCGGAUAUGAAAGAUCUACAUUGGUCUCUACUGCUGGGUGUUGCGCUUAUUGGCAUCCGAUACCUCCUGGAAACGUUCAUAGUGGUCCCUAUAGCACUACGGCUGGGUGUCUCCAACAAAAAACCUCAGAAACCAGCGGAAAACAAGAUACUCGAGGCAGCUUGGGCCGACAAGCGAAGGUUGACACAUGAUGCCAUCAAAGGUCUGGCAAAGCAGACGGAUAUGCCUGAGCGGAAAGUUGAGAUCUGGUUCCGUAAACGUAAACAGCUAAAUGCCCCGACACCCAUGUCCAAGUUUCGUGAGUGCAGUUGGCAUCUGAUUUUCUACACCACAUUUUUCAUCUAUGCACUCGUGUACUUGUGGAAAAAGCCAUAUUUCUGGAAGACAAUCUUGUGUUGGGACAACUGGCCACACCAACCUGUAACAGAGGAGAUGUACUGGCACUAUGUCGUGGAGCUGGGCUUCUACUGGAGCCUUGUGUUCACCGUGUGCUCAGACCACAAGAGAAAGGACUUCAAAGAAAUGAUCGUGCACCACUUCGCCACAAUGGUGCUCAUGUACUUCUCGUGGGUCCUCAACUUUGUGCGUAUCGGAACCAUCGUUCUGGCAGUUCACGACGCAGCUGACACCUGGCUUGCUUUGACUAAGAUGUCCAUCUAUUCCAAGAACAAGAUGGCGACAGACAUUUUCUUUGGGAUUUUCCUGCUGAUAUGGAUUCUGUCCAGACUUGUCUACUAUCCUUUUGUUGUACUCUACUCCACAACGUUCGAGCCAUACGCCUCCAAGCUGACGGACCACACGUUUGGGGCCCACUUGUUCUUCAACUUCUUCCUCUACCUGCUCCAGAUACUGCACAUCAUCUGGACCUACAUGAUCUUCAGGAUCGUCUAUAGAAAGCUCAUCAAAGGAAACGUUGAAGAUGUGCGUAGCGAUUCUGAAGAGUCCAAUGCAGAGUAUGAAUCUGAUAGUGAACAGGAGGGAAAAGAGAGAAAAGAGAGAAAAGAGAAAAUGCAACCCAAUGGAACAAAAGUACCAAAAAGUGAACAAAAUGGAAGUAAUGGUGCAGUAACAAAUGGAUAUGGACAUAAGGCGAAUGGAAGGUUAGAAAUGAAUGGAAACGGCUUUAAAAAUUAAUCUGCAUAUUGUGUGUAUGAUUACUGAAUUCGAGCCAUCUGAGAUUGUAUGCUUGUACACUAUUGUUCUUAAUUAUUUUAAGUUAUUAUAAAUAAACAUUUUGUAAUUCUAUUUAGAAAGUUUGGCUAGUGUCUAUAAAUAACAGAAUUUGAGUUCACAAGUGCUUGCAGAACAAAUAUUUGCAUGAAUUGCAUAGCCAUAAUAAAUCUCUUUUUUAAGUUUUCUUGCCAACAAAAAACAAAAACAAAGCAUGUAAAUUAUGAAAUUGAUUUAAAAAACUUGACAUUAUCUGCCCAUUAAAAAGUGCUUUGUGUAAUUUUUGUAUUAUUAAACUUGAUGUGUAGUUCCAGUUUUGCAUUUGAAUUAUGUUAAUAAUUAAUACCAAUGUGUUUCACAUUUUAUAACCAUACAAACUAAACUUGAUUUUGGAUACAAUCAUAAUAAGUUCAGCUGUGUGAUUUAAACAUGCAUGUUUUUCAGAUUUGCUUUAUUUUGUUUGCAAUUCAUGAAUAGUUGUUGAAUUGUUGCUGUCGUUUUUUUUUCUAAAAGGUGCUAUACACAAUCAAAACCAUUUUUGUUUUGUAAACAAUUGUUAGGAAUCAAUAGGGUUUUUAUUUUAUUGAAAACAUUUCAUGUAAGUUAUUCCUUUCUUAAGGUUCAAAAAGUCAUUUGUUGCUAGAGAUACUUGUCAUACAACCAGUACCAUGCCUUUAUUUAUCUAAAUGAAAUCAUGCUUACAUCAUAUUUAUGAAAAUACAUUUUAUACCUAUUUUUGCAGCUUUAGAGUGUAUCGUUUGCAUAUCAAAAACUUGUUGUGAAAAGAAAGAAACAUUUUCAUUUUUUUAUUUUUAGUGUGACUGUUUACCCAAUAGUCCUUGCAUCUCAUCCAAAUUUUGAUGUACAAUCAUCCUCGUUGAUGCUAGAACAAUCAGCAGUAGUAUUAGUUUUACCUUGUUUUUGUUUGUUUGUUUUUAAGCAAGGAUAUUCCGUUUUUCAUCUGACAGUUCUUAACAUUCCCUUUUGGCACUUCAUUUUUUUUGUCUUUGUUGGUGUUGUUUCUCUCCUUGAUAAGAACAUACUAAACUAUUCUGUCAUCAAGUUGAACAUUUCAUUUAAUGUUUGUUCUGUUGAGUAAAACUUUAAUGUUCUUUCUUUAUUAGGUUCAUUGUUCAUUGAAUGUUCUUUCUAUGUAAGAUUUAUUGCUCAUUGAAUGUUCCUUGUCAGGUUUAUUGAAUGUUCUUUUAUGGCAGGUUAAUUGUUCAUUGAAUGUUCUUUCUUUGUCAUGUCUAUUGUUCAAUGAAUGUUCUUUCUUUGUCAGUUUUAUUGUUCAUUGAAUAUUCUUUCUGUUUCAGGUUUGUUUUUGUAUAAAAGCAACUCUUAGUCCUUAAACUAAACUCCAGAAAUGUUAGGAAAGUUAUAAUGGCUUUUAUUUCACUAUCAUGUAUAACGGCUACACAUUUCAUGUAUAACUGCCUCACAUUUCAUGUAUAACUGCCUCACAUUUGAUGUAUAACUGCCUCACAUUUCAUGUAUAACUGCCUUACACUUCAUGUAUAACUGCCUUACACUUCAUGUAUAACUGCCUCACAUUUCAUGCAUAACUGCCUCACAUUUGAUGUAUAACUGCCUCACAUUUCAUGUAUAACUGCCUCACAUUUCAUGUAUAACUGCCUCACACUUCAUAUAUAACUUCCUCGCAUUUCAUGUAUAACUGCCUGACAUUUCAUGCAUAACUGCCUCACAUGUCAUGCACAACUGCCUCAAACCAACACAGCUCUUGUGGCUUGUUCCUCUCAAGUUUUUAUCUUGACCUGUUUUCAAUUGUAAAGCAGCAGACAGCUGUCAUAAAGCAACAUUUUCAUCAUACAAAUAUUCAUGUUAAUUUUGCUGAACAUUUAUUUAACUUAAAUAUAGCUAUUUUUAGAAUGAACCUCUGACAUUGUUAGAAUUUGGAACCUGAGUUUUUAAGACUGGGGUUAUGAUCAUGUUUUGUGAUUUAAUGCUGAUGUUGUUGUUAUAUUUUUGGUUAGAAAUUAUUUCUUAAUGAGGGUGCUUUCAUCUGGUCUAGUCUUUGAACAACUGUUGUCACUCCCAUAUUGCAACCUAGUCGUAAUAAUAGCUUGAAUUAUUGAAUGUUAGAAGUCAGUGUGUUUUGAUAUUUUUAAUGUGUUUAACAUCAGUGUGUUUUGAUAUUUUUAUAUGUUUGCUCUUGAAAAUUCCUUGUGUCUAUGUUCGUGUAUACAAUGUGUGUUGUUGUGUUUUGUAAUCUAGAUGCCAGCCCAAACAUUACAUUGCUUAUAUUUAGAUUGUGUUUAAUGUAUGUAACCCAAGUGUUUUUUAGUAUUUAGUACAGAGUAACAUUUUGCUAUACCAUUUCUGUGUUUCAUGAUUUGGAUGAAAGAAACGUGAUUAUUUUUACAAAGUUAACAAAGAAUCCAAAACAAUCUUUCACAUUCUUCUUUUUUUUCUGAACACUGAUGCGAUAGCUAUUAUCGUAUAAGAAUUUCGCAUUAUUUCAUUAAACAACUGAUAUGAUUGUGUACCAUUAAACCUGAGAAUAUGAGGUCUGUUUUAACAUAUUUUUUAUCAUAUUCUUUAGACAGAAUAUAAAAAAUAUCCCAGUAUAAUUAUUUGUGUACAAAACCCUCAGUGCUCGCUAAAUAACAAUUUUUUUUUAGCAACUUAUGUUAAAAUGUUUUUAUAUUAUUGGCUUAUGAAUAAAACCAUUAAUAUAUUGCUCAAUGCUUCAUUGUUAAGGAGAUACAGGUUAAUCAUCUAUACAGUUAACUAAAUGUGUUACGUUCAUCCAUGUAUUACCAUGUAUAUUCGAUGAACAAAACAGAAACAUUGAAUUAGAUUUUACAUUAUCCAAUGUAGUUAUUUAAAAAUACCUCUAUCAAAUUUAUGGCAUUAGAUUCUGAGAGUUUAUUCUUUUAUAUAUCUAUCCUUUUUGUUGCAAUUCUUUCAAAGAAAGUAUAAUAUGUGUGUAUUAUGUUUUAUAUUGACAGACUGAUAAAAAAAGCCUUAGCUUUUGGAAUGUCUUAACAUAAUAGGCAACUGAAUGCAUUUUGUGAUUUUAACAGAUGUAUACGAUACUUGUUCUAUAUGACGAUUACCUAUUGCCAAGACCAAUGAAUGUUUUAUAACAGAUGUAUUCGAAACUUGUUCUAUAUGACGAUAACCUAUUGCCAAGACCAAUGAAUGUUUUAUAUGAACACUCAUUAAAAAAACAAGCUAACAAAAAUUAUAACAUGUAAUUCGUUCAUUGUCGAAAAGCUGUUAUUUUAAAAAUAUAAAAAGUGUGACAAUUUCAAUGGGAUGCAUGAUAACUUUUGUUGGAUUUUGGGUCCUCUGGCUCUUGUUAAUCUGAUGGGACAUGUAUUAUGCUUCUGAGUUUGCUUGGCCAUAAUCAAGCUUGCAUUUGUAUUCUUAAUGUAUCUAUCCUUAAUUGUGUACGUAUGAAAGUAAAGUAAACUUUUAAAAGAGUAUAA